GCUUGAGAGUUUAAGUCAUUCAUUUAUGUACUUAAACAGUUGGGCGAUCAUUUUUGCCUUUUACCAUAAAAUAACUAACAUACUUUUGUAUUAUCGGAAGAAGCAGACGGACAAUUUUAAAACAUACUGGAUAAAGAGUGAUAAGAGGACAAAACGAUAAAGGUUAAUCCGCGUGUUUUAAUUGGAUGAUUUGACAAUAAGUUACAAGUGGUAAACGGCUAAUUGGUGAAAAAAAAAUUUCUUUUUCGUUUGUUUACAUUUCAUUGUGUACAUUUUGAUGUUUGGAGGUUUUUUGUACUAUUGAUAUCGAGAUUAAAAUCAACCUGUGUGAAUUUCACAGGUCGUCAAAGCCGACAACUAGUAAAGAAAAACCAUUAAUGGAAUUAACCAGGAACACCAUUUACGGUUGACUGUUUGAUUAUAUUACAUAUAUUGGUAUUAUUGGGUAGUCAGGUUUGUAUACAUUGGUGGCGUGUUUAGUGCGAGAUUUCACAGUCGUUGUCAGUUGACUCUUUGAUUUGAUUACAACAGACAUAUUUUAUGCGACUUUGACACGUUUUGGUGCUAAUUUCCCAAAUAGAUGUAAUUACCAUUAAGGGAUAUUUUUUUCUUCUGUCUUUUUGGACCAUUGGACCAUAUUUUUAAUCAAUUGUGAUAAUUACUGUUAUGCUUAUUUUUUGGUCCUAAGAUGCUGAAUUGUUCUUGGAAAAUUAGACUUCCUGUUGAUACUGUGUUGGAAUGUAUUAUUCGGGGGAAGUUUGCCCAGAGAUGAAAAUUCGAACUGAGGUUCCUAACAGCGGUCUUUCUGUACUAUACCAUCCAUACCUUAAUCAUACAUACACACCGCGCAGCAUGCCGGCCGCAAGUCCAAACACAUCCCAGUCAAGUGGGGGUAGCCAAUCGGGCGCAGAGCAGCUUAGUAAGACAAAUCUAUAUAUACGGGGACUCAAUCCAAACACCACAGAUAAAGAUCUUGUUAACUUAUGUACUCCAUAUGGUAAAAUCAUUUCAACAAAAGCCAUAGUAGACCAAACCACAAACAAAUGCAAAGGCUAUGGGUUUGUAGACUUUGAGACAAAUCAAGCAGCAGAAGUAGCCGUUCAGGCAUUACAAGCUCAGGGCAUUCAAGCACAAAUGGCUAAGCAACAAGAACAAGAUCCCACAAAUCUCUACAUUGCCAAUUUACCACUUUAUUUCUCUGAACAAAAUUUGGAAAAUAUGUUGAAAGAUUACGGUACAGUAAUAUCGACAAGGAUUCUUCGGAAGCCUGAUGGGGUCAGCAGAGGUGUAGGGUUUGCACGAAUGGAGUCAAAAGAAAAAUGUGAACAAGUUAUAAAUGGUUUUAAUGGAAAAAUAUUGCCUGGCUGUACGGAACCAUUGCUCGCGAAAUUCGCAGAUGGAGGAAACAAGAAAAAGGUGCCGUAUAUUCAACCGACAAAAUUAUGGCCGGAUCGGUCCGAUGUACCACUUCAGACAAUGGCGUAUGACCAGGCUGCCUUAGCUCAAAAUGGUCUUUACCUGCCUUACAGUAUACCUGGUGGUGCAGCACUGAUGACCCCUGGGAUCGUACCCCGCUACAGUGUAGCAUCUUCCCCUACUACGUACCAAGUACAAUCUAACCCUGGCGCCUUUGUAGCACCACAAUAUAUUAUGCAACCCCCAAUGGCACAUCAGAUGAUUCAACCAAGUUCACUACAUACAGCUGGUAACCAGGCAGGUUUAGACCCCGCCUCCUUACUCCCUCAGUUAGCCAAUCAAAUGGGACAGCUCCAAAUUUCCAACCAAUCGUACGCAGCUUUAACAACACCAGGGUACACGCAAGUUCCCUACCAAGCUGGACCCAUUCUACAAACACUUCAAUUAGAGGAUCACACAGUAGAAGAUGCACAGCAACACUUCCAGGCUUACACUCCUACCCCUGCCAAGUAAGGCCCCUCCAACAACAAUCUUGGUUUAAAGGCCACUAUACCAAUGUGAUAUCAGGGGAGUAAAAUAGAACAGCCAACCAAUCACCUCAUCACAUGAUCUACAUCCCACAUUCUGAUUGGAUGAUUCUUUAAGCAUCGCAACAUUUGAUUGGAUGGAAUGCUUUGAACUGGAAUGAUCUGAUUGGAUGAAAAUAAACUUUAUUCAGUUGGAUUGGAUGAUUUUUUUUAGAUUAGAAAUUUCAUUUUUCAUUUUCUGCCAGUGUUCCUUUAUUGAAGGUGUUUGUUAAUGUACAUUUUGAAAUGAUUAUUUUUGAAUUAUUUUGUGCUGAUUUUUCUUUGAUUUAUGUCUUUUUUUCAUUCUUUUUUAUUUGUUUCAUGAUUCAUAAUUUAUGAAAAUUGAAUUAAUAUAUGUAAUUUAUCUUGAUUAUAAUUAUUUGUUUUAGAUUAUUUUCUUUUAUUCAGGCAUAAACUUACAUCAGAGGGAUUAGCUUUAUUGCUCUAUAUAAGUAUAAUAUAGGAAAUAUAGAGCAAAAUAUGAGAUUAUAUGAAUACCUCAAUCCUAAAGUUUUAUCAGUGUUAAACAAACAUAUGUGAUGGCAAAUAAAACAACAAGAACAGAAAUUAUGUUCCAGUUCAUUCUUAAGUGUAAAAAUUACUCCUGUUUUUGAAGAAAGCAUCAAUUAACGUGCUUUAAUCUCUUACAUAGUACAUUUAUAAUUCAAGCUUGCAUUAAAUCUGCAGUGAGUUAAUACAUAACACUAAAAGUUAGUUUGAAAUGUUUAUACCAAAAUUCAAAUUUAGAUUAUAUUGAAAUUUUGCAUGUUACAUAUUAAGGAGUAUAUCUUUUAACCAAAACAACAAGUAUAUUAAUUAAAUACUUCCUAUUUAUUCACUGAGAGCUUCUUAAAGAAGUGUUUUUAAAAAGUGUUGCUGAAGUUUUUAAAUUCUAGCUAAUAUUAUUUUUUUUGUUUUAUGUUGUUAAAGAUAUCCUGGUGUUUUGAUAAGGUUUUUCUGUUUUAAGGUAGAAGGUUACCUAAACUCUUAAAACAGUGCCAUGACUUUGAAGAGAUGUUUGGACACUUAAAAAUCUAAAUGUUUAUCAAAUUGUACUUUGUAUAAAUUUUAUUAAACCUAUUUAUUUUUCUUGUUAGAAAGUAAUGACAUAUUUUUUCAAGUAACAAUUUAAUUUUUUUUAAUUGAAAACACAAAUUAAGAUGUUGAGAAUUUUAAGUUUUGCAGGUAUCCUUCUACCUUAAACACUUUAAAAGUCUAUGUUAUUAUAGACAUAAAAUUGUUGUACAUAAUUCAGUAGAUCAUUUUAGUAAAACAAUUCAUGUUAGUUUUUAGGUUUAAUUCAUCUUUCAUCAUAUGUGUUGAAAUUGUUGCAAGAAAAGAUUGUAUUGUAACCUUAAUAUAUUUUGAGUUAUCUCCCUUAUAUGUCCGAGGGGAACAUUAUAAAAUUAGUUUAUGAUUUUUGUUAUUUUUAUUUAUUUUUUUUUUUAAGAAAAAAGAAAAUAUUUUGAAGCAGUCUAUCUUUAUUUAAUGAAUUCCAAAUUAUUUAUAAAGAGAUUAUGGUUGACGUUGUUUUUUUUCCUUCUUAUCGGAUUGACAUUUCUACGAAAAAAAAUUCUGUAAAAAUAAAAGGCGGAUAAAGUUGAAUUAUAAAAAAAGAAGUUUAAUUGAAAAAUUAUUGUAAAAACUCAUGCAGACUGUCAUUUUUGCCACUUUUAACAAUUUUUUUUUAUGUUUUUUAUUUCACAUCUUUUUUUUUAAUGUUUUCUAUUAUUUUUAUUUCAUUUGUUUUUAAUGAUAAAUGUCUUUUUAAGAAUAACAAGUUGAUUUUACACUUGAAAAAUAGUGCUUGAAUGGUAGUAAAAAGUCUGUGUGUAUUAAUGUGUAUAUGUGGAAGACUCAUCCUAAAUUUUUGUGUAAAUAUUACAAAAAAAAAAUAAUCAUGUAGUUGUUAUUUUUUGAUGAAAAAUUUGCCUUUUUGAAAUGCCUUUGUAAUUCAUGUUUUUUCUUUGUGGUUUAAAAUCCUGUUCAAGUUUUUUAUCACCAUUUCAUGAUUCAAUGGCAAGUUGGGAGUUCAGUUUCCCAAAGUUCCUGACCCAUUUUCAUUUUAACUUUUCGAUGAUGCAUUUAAAAUGUUAAAACCAUUUCUUUGGGUUUAGAAACUUUUGAUUUGUAGGGAAGUUUUAAGGUGAAAUAGUACAUAUGGGUAUUGGCUUUAACUAACACAUGCUGUCUUAUAUUGAGAUAGGAUCUGUGUUUGAAAAGCAUUUAUAGAAGUGCCAAGUGCAAAAAGGUCAUUGAAUUUGAAACUUCAGUAAGGAAGGACACUUUAUGAAUAUAUAAAUAAUGCAUGAAGGUACAGAACUAGAAUUAUCUGAAAAUGUAUUGUAGGAAGUUGAAGAAGGCAAAGUAUUUAAAUUCUUGACAGAAUUGAAGCAUAUCUUGUUUUAACCAUACUUGUAUAUCUAUUGUAUUAGUACAGAGAAGAUUCAAAGAAAUACUUCAUUAGUAAGUAGUUUGAUGAACGCCAAUGUUUAGAUAAAUAUAAUGGUACUUUCAGAAAUUAGUCUGUAUCUGAACAGCAUCAAGAAAUUCCAGGUCCAAAUUUCUUGAUUGAAUAUUUUAUCAUGAAAUCUGUACAUAGAAAUUUCAAGGAAUAAGAAAGGUACCAAUAUAUUAUUGCUUAAUAAAGUUGUACAUCAGAUAUACAAAGAUGUGUUAUUGUUAGUGCCAAAGAUAUAUGAACAUAAAUAUUGAUAUUGGAACAUCUGUAUAUGAUAUUGUCAAGUGCAUUUGAUGCAAAAAUUUUCAUCUUGGAAAGGAACGAGCCCACGUUAAGGGUUGAAUAUUGUUGUUUGUUCUGUGUAUUGUAUACAUGUGUUGUACUCUAUCAUGUACUCUUUAAGGAAAGGGGAUCAAUUUUGCCAUUUUCUAUUUUUGUUUUGCUCUUUUUGCUUAGUUUUUUCGUGUUAUGUUUUUUUUUCUAUUAAUUUGUAUGAAAUUUUUAAGAAGAAGAAGAAAAAAUAAUCAGGAAUUUAAGAUGUGUUCAGUUUUUAGCUAGAAAAAAGAGAAAUUAAUGCUAUACCUUUAGAACAAAAGUGUGAAUCCGAGAACAAAAACUGUGGGAAGUUAAGAGGAAAUCACUUGAAGCUGUAUGUUCAUAAUGUUUGUGUACAUAGCUUACCAUUCGUGUUCAGGAAAGGCCUUGUACUUAUCUUGGAUACUCAAAAUAUGAACAUAAGCUUUUUGCUGAAAAAGAAAUUGAGAUUGUUUAAACUAGCAUGGUUUUUAUCACAGUUUUGUUCUUGGUAGCAUUUUUAAAGUGUAACAAUAAUAUUUAUCCAAGAAACUUUUUUUUAGAUUCUUUGCUCUGAAAUUUUUACUAACAUUUUGCAGAUUUUUAAGGCAUUUAAGUUUUGAGGAAAAAAUCCAUUUCACUCGGGAGUUUGUUAUUUGUAUAUAUUUGGUCUAAUUCUUUAGCUUGAUAUCAUUGUUUGAUUAUUUUUUAGUUUCAUUGAUGGUGCUUCUUUUGUUCAUUCUAAAAACUUUUGUAUAAUUUUAACUCUUUUACUUCUUUAAAAAUGGAUUUCAUAUUUCUGUGUUCACCCCAUCUUUGUUGUCAACCGGAGUUAGUUAUGUCUUAUUUUUUUAUAAAAAAUCUUUUUAUUUCAUUUGUGCCAGUUCUCUAAGUAUGAAAAAUAUUAAAUAAUAAUAUAUAUAUAUGCUAAAUUAACCCUGUUGUCCUUUACUCCAGUGCAAAAUAUUUCUAUGUAAAACAAUUUGAUCUUUUGUUCCGUGGAAAACUUAUUGUCGUCAUAUUAUCACCAGAAAAAUGAAAUUGUAAGUGCUUCCUGUCACAUGACUUACUAGUUGAGCAGUCAAUAUUUUGUUUACAGUCAGUUGACUUUUAAGGAUGAGUAAAUAAAAAUAAUUCACUCAAGCAUGUAGAAAAAUCAUUCAAUUAUUAUUGAGUGUUUUUCCUCAUGGAAAAUUAAUAAGUGUGGACAAGAAGCAUUGAUAAUUUAUAUUUUUGUGGUUGGGUGUAGUGAUAUAAAUUAUAACCAAUAUGUAGACUGUUAAAGUUUUUACAAAAAAAAAAUAUAAUAUAUUUUUUCCCAUUUUUUUUGCAAUUUGCACAUAGGCUAUUCAUUGUUUAUUGUUAUAAAUUUUAAAUGAGUUAAUCUAUUUUCUUUUUUUAUUUUAUAAAUACUUAAUAUACCAAUAUAUUUAGAAGACUGUUGUUAAAUGUAAAGUAUUACUUGUAUUUAUUAUGCAAAGAAGGCAAUUUGGUUUCCAUGGUGACUAAAAGAUAUCUGUUUAGUAAAAUUAGAAAUAUUAUAUUAAUGGCUGUAUAUCCCUUACUCUAUAACCCUAGCUUAAUGCAUAUAAUAAGGACUUUUAAACACCAGCCAAUAAUGGGAGAAAUCACAGAUUAUAAGAUAUGAAAACAACUUUAUUUUGGACCUAUAAAUUAUGAAAUUAUUCUAUGUUUUUUUAAAUGACUUGUCAGAGAUAAAAACAUUUUUUAUUCAAGAUUUUUCCGAUAUAUAUUUAUUCACGCUCUGUAAUUUUAUAAGGUUAGGAGUCUGUUGUACUAACACAGCUAAUUAGAAUGAAGCAUAAUGUUAAUUAAGAUUAUUUUCUAGAUAUUAAAUUUAUAAUAAGGCUGAAAAAGUUACAUAUAUUUAUCCCAGUUGCUUACUAUUUUGAGAAAUGAAAAUUACUUACAGUAUAAACUGGUGUUUUUAAGUUCUUUGAAUUAUUUUGCUUUGACCAGUAACUGAAUACCAAAAAACGGUGCUAUAUAUAAAACAGUUAGAUUAGGUUUUUAUAAGAUCAUAACUCCCAUAUAUAACCUUUGUGUGUAUUCAUUGUAAGAUUGAACAAAAUGAAGCUGUGAUAUUUAUCAUUUUGUAAAUUAGAAAAUACACGACAAAUACUCAAAAUGAUUGCAACUAAUUCCCAAAAAAAUUCUUACACAUAUUAAUCAUUUCAUUCACUAAGUCUGCCUUUGGGUUAAUAAAAAUUUCAAACGUUUAGUCUUUGUUCAAAACUGUUUAGCUUAUAUUCUUGGAACAUUGAAUAAACAUAGCUUGCAAUUCAGGCUUUCUAUUGCAUAACUUAAAGUAUGGGAUAAUUGUUUAUAUACAGAACACAAUCUGGGUAAUAUUGAACAAAAAUUGAUAAAAAAAGUCUGGGUUUUGAGUUGAAAUUGACAAUGAAUUUAGGGAUCCAUAAUUAUACAAAGUAAGCAAGCAAUGGAUAUUCAAAGAUGAAAAACUUCCAUCUACUUUGUUUCUGUUUUGGGUUAAUUAUUAAUGCUUAAAUUUGCUUGAUCUUUUUUUCUUAAUUAUGCAAGUUAAUAUUUUCACUGCUGAUUGUUUUAAUCCGUCUUCCAAGCAAUAAUUUUCAAUGAAUUGACACUUAAGUUAAUACGGAUAGCAAUAAAUCUUUACUUGGUAUAAAAUUAUCAAUUUAUUUAUUUAUAUAUUCAUCAUCUCAGACAACAGAUAUAUCUUAAUUUGACACAUUUUUAUCUUCAUUCACCUUGAUUGAAAUUAAUUUUCAUUACAGACAUCAGUUAUAAUUCAGGCCCCUUUUUUGCUAGAAAAUCCAAAGGUAGACAGAUGUAUAGCUCUAUAUAACUAUUUUAGCCAUAUUUAUCUUGUUUUAGUAACUCCUUAAAUUAAUACUAUACCUUUUUAAUGGAGUUUAUUCCAAAUUAAAACUUUUUUUUCAAUCUGUAACCACUAUACAUGUUUUAAAUAUUUCAAGGAAUUUUUUACUUGAAAGUUAGUUUUAUGCAUUUUUACCUUUUUGGGGAUUUUUUAUGUAUGUAAAUAUGUCAUGUUAUUUUUUUCAACCUAUUUGUUACCAUAGCAACCUAACUACCUGACACAAGUAAGUACUAUUAUCCUUUUAAGAGUAAUUCUGCCUUUGUGUGCAAUACAUCUUUUUUUUUAAAGUAAAAUGAAAUGACAUAUUUUAAACCUUGUAAUCUAUUGUAAAUGUAUUACUUUUCUAUGCAAGUAACAAAUUAGAUAGGUUCGUGUUGAAUUUGUCAUUCAUAAUUAGUGAACAAAAUUUUUUUCUAAAAUGAAAUCUUAAGCAUUAAAUAAAUUAAGCUUAUAAGCUGGCUUUUCAAAGAAAAGUUAAGUCAGUGUCAAAAAUUGUUUCUUUAAUUAAGACCUAAGGACACACUUUAUUACAUAUUAAAUGGUUGCUUAUUUACUUCAUACUUCGAACUCAUUUACUUAAUGUUUUCCAUUUUAGAUACAAUUAAAUACUUUGAUAUUUUUCAAAAUAAUAAUAUGAUUUAGAUAAAACUGCUUUUUCGAAAGCGAACAUUUUUUUCUAACUCCUGAUAAAAAAGAAACAGUUUUUGGCAAUGACUUCAAAUUGGCGAACACCUUUGCAGAAAAAUAACAGCUUUACAUUUGAAAUCUGGCAGUUUCCUUUUUUGAUUUUACGAUUUGCAUGUUGUCUUGAAAGCAUUUUGUACAGAAAUCUUUAUUGAUUCAGAAAAUAAUGUGUACAGAUUUUUUUCACAAAUUUGUUUUGUAUAGAUGUAGCCAUUGGACGUAGUUGCCAUGGUUACGUAGAUGUCAUAGAAUGAUUGUUGAUGAGGAUGAAUGAUAUCAUUAUUUUUCUGUCAUUUGAUUUUUUUUCAAUGUGGCAUCAUUCAGUGGAGUAAAUGAUUUGUUGAAAUGAGAA